AGCUCAGGUAAGCUUCAAAAGAGAAAGCUCCUGGGUACUGUCACCGAAUUUUUCAAGCAUUUGCCAGCCCUCUUAUCCGAAAGCUUGGCCCUCCGCGGGCUGCGCGCACCGCACGGAAGGGCGCAUCUCCGCCCGCCGCCUCCUCUGGCGGCGGAGUCGCGCGGGGAGUGCUUGGUGGCAAGGACCUAAAAGUUGUGUGCUCACUUAGUGAGGGGAAGAGCCAAGAAGACAGCACGCGCGAGCGAAGGAGGAAGGCAGAGAGGGAUGGGGAGGGGGGCUGCUUACACGAAUUUCCAAGUGGUAGACCUGCCUCUGCGCUCUACCCAAUGAGAUCCAUCAGGGGAGGCACCCGGCUCACUUUUCCACAUCACUUCACAGUUACAUUUGGCAGGCAGGCAGGCGGGCUCGCACGCCGGAGCGCUCAGCCCAGAAUUAUUGGAUUUAUUUGGAAUCUUUCUGCCUCCUCGAAGCUCGUCCGCUGUCGCCGGUUUGCGCACAGACAGUAGCGUCCUCCCAGCCGCUGCACUUGGGGCUGCGGACACCCAGAUCCCAACGCUCCCGCCUCGCGUUUCCGCGCCAAGCCCCGCAGCUUCUAGAGGCAUGAACGGAAUCCCGAGGCGCCUGCCCAGCGCGCUGGGACCGUUCAAUGCUCGUCGCCCUCGGGAGCCGACCCCGAGUCCCUCCAGACAAUUGUGAAUCAAGAGGCUUGAAAUUCGCCAGCGCGGAGUGUGCCGCACAAGAGCAAUUUCAAUGAAAAGGAAAGCCAGUGGAUCUUGGUCUUAGAAACACUUGGAUGAUGUCUGUUUCCUGUGCUGUGAGCACGUGGCAGACCUGUAAGUAAAUGCUUGGCCCUGCGUGAUGAAUUGGAUGGCUGCAGACUGGAGGCAAAAAAAGUAAUUGUCUCAUUUUCCUGGUGAUUUGCUUAACUGGUGGGACCAUGCCAGAACGGCUCGCGGAAAUGCUCUUGGAUCUCUGGACUCCAUUAAUAAUAUUAUGGAUUACUCUUCCUCCUUGCAUUUACAUGGCUCCGAUGAAUCAGUCUCAAGUUUUAACGAGUGGAUCCCGUUUGGAACCAAAUAGGCAGAGUGAAGAGCAGCGGAUUUUAAACCGCUCCAAAAGAGGCUGGGUUUGGAAUCAAAUGUUUGUCCUGGAAGAAUUUUCUGGACCUGAACCGAUUCUUGUUGGCCGGCUACACACAGACCUGGAUCCUGGAAGCAAAAAAAUCAAGUAUAUCCUAUCGGGCGAUGGAGCUGGGACAAUCUUUCAAAUAAAUGAUAUAACAGGAGAUAUUCAUGCUAUAAAAAGACUUGACCGAGAGGAAAAGGCUGAGUAUACCCUAACAGCUCAGGCAGUGGACUGGGAGACCAACAAGCCCCUUGAGCCUCCUUCUGAAUUUAUUAUUAAAGUUCAAGACAUCAAUGACAAUGCGCCAGAGUUUCUUAAUGGACCCUAUCAUGCUACUGUGCCGGAGAUGUCCAUUUUGGGUACGUCUGUCACUAAUGUAACAGCCACUGAUGCGGAUGACCCAGUUUAUGGGAACAGCGCCAAGUUGGUUUAUAGUAUCUUGGAAGGGCAGCCUUAUUUUUCCAUUGAGCCUGAAACAGCAAUUAUAAAAACUGCCCUUCCCAACAUGGACAGAGAAGCCAAGGAGGAGUACUUGGUCGUUAUCCAAGCCAAAGACAUGGGUGGACACUCCGGUGGCCUGUCUGGGACCACAACACUGACAGUAACCCUUACUGAUGUUAAUGACAAUCCUCCAAAAUUUGCCCAGAGUCUCUAUCACUUCUCAGUACCUGAAGAUGUGGUUCUUGGCGCUGCCGUAGGCAGGGUGAAGGCCAAUGAUCAGGACAUUGGUGAAAAUGCACAGUCAUCAUAUGACAUUAUUGAUGGGGAUGGAACAGCACUCUUUGAAAUCACCGCUGAUGCCCAGGCUCAGGAUGGCAUUAUAAGACUAAGAAAGCCUCUGGACUUUGAGACCAAAAAAUCUUACACGUUGAAGGUGGAGGCAGCCAAUGUCCACGUUGACCCACGUUUCAGUGGCAGGGGGCCCUUUAAAGAUACGGCAACUGUCAAAAUUGUCGUUGAGGAUGCCGAUGAGCCUCCUGUCUUCUCUUCACCUACUUACCUCCUUGAAGUUCAUGAAAAUGCUGCUCUCAACUCUGUGAUUGGGCAAGUGACCGCUCGUGACCCUGAUAUCACUUCCAGUCCUAUAAGGUUUUCCAUCGACCGGCACACUGACCUAGAGAGACAAUUCAACAUUAAUGCAGAUGAUGGAAAGAUAACGCUGGCAACACCACUCGACAGAGAGCUAAGUGUGUGGCACAACAUAACGAUCAUUGCUACUGAAAUUAGGAACCACAGUCAGAUAUCACGAGUACCUGUUGCUAUUAAAGUGCUGGAUGUCAAUGACAACGCCCCUGAAUUCGCAUCUGAAUAUGAGGCAUUUUUAUGUGAAAAUGGAAAACCCGGCCAAGUCAUUCAAACAGUGAGUGCCAUGGACAAAGAUGAUCCCAAAAAUGGGCAUUAUUUCUUAUACAGUCUUCUUCCAGAAAUGGCCAACAAUCCGAAUUUUACUAUCAAGAAAAAUGAAGAUAAUUCGCUCAGUAUUUUGGCAAAGCAUAAUGGAUUCAACCGCCAGAAGCAAGAAGUGUAUCUUUUACCAAUCAUAAUCAGUGAUAGUGGGAAUCCUCCUCUGAGCAGCACCAGCACGCUGACCAUCCGGGUCUGUGGCUGCAGCAGAGAUGGUGUUGUCCAGUCUUGUAAUGUGGAAGCUUAUGUCCUUCCAAUUGGACUCAGCAUGGGCGCCUUAAUUGCCAUUUUAGCAUGCAUCAUUUUGCUGCUAGUCAUUGUGGUGCUGUUUGUAACUCUGCGGCGACAUAAAAAUGAACCAUUAAUUAUCAAAGAUGAUGAAGACGUACGAGAAAACAUAAUUCGUUACGAUGAUGAGGGAGGAGGGGAAGAAGAUACGGAGGCCUUUGAUAUUGCAACUUUACAAAACCCAGAUGGAAUUAAUGGGUUUUUACCCCGUAAGGAUAUUAAACCAGAUUUGCAGUUCAUGCCAAGGCAAGGGCUUGCUCCAGUUCCCAAUGGUGUUGACGUGGAUGAAUUUAUAAAUGUGCGGCUACACGAGGCAGAUAAUGACCCCACAGCCCCACCAUAUGACUCCAUUCAGAUUUAUGGCUAUGAAGGCCGAGGGUCUGUGGCUGGCUCCCUCAGUUCCUUGGAGUCUACCACCUCAGACUCAGACCAGAAUUUUGACUACCUCAGUGACUGGGGUCCCCGUUUUAAGAGACUGGGUGAACUUUACUCUGUUGGUGAAAGUGACAAAGAAACUUGACAGUGGAUUAUUAAUAAACCAAUGGAACUGAGCAUUCUGUAAUAUUCUAGGGUCACUCCCCUUAGAUACAACCAAUGUGGCUGUUUGUUUUAGAGGCAAGUUUAGCACCAAUCAUCUAUAAACUCAACUACAUUUUAAUGUUGAACCAAAAAAAUUGAUAAUAAAAAGUACAUGUUAGGAGGUUAUAAAUCUUGUGGAGUGUGAAUUAAACUAUGUGGAGUGUCUAGAAGUCUUUGAAUAUUUGAUACUUACCUGACCACCACAGACAA